UUCUAGUAUUCCCUGCAUUGACUUUACCUGCUGUAUUUAAGGGACAUUUUCCUGGCCUCGCUGAGCUGACAUGAACAUCUUUACUAAGGUCCCAGGAUUAGCCCGAUCAACCAGCAAGCUGGGUUCUGUGCUCCAACGUGCAUUCUACGGGUCCAGUGGGAAGGUGACCCUGUUUGAGCAGCGGAACUUUGCCGGCCGAAGGCUGGACCUGAGUUCUGACUGCCAGAAACUGAGCGACAAGAACUUCCCCGACAGAUGCAACUCCGUGCAGGUGGAAAGUGGAGCAUGGGUAGGAUAUGAGCAUGAAAACUUCCGGGGACGUCAGUACCUGUGGGACAUGUCUGACCGGGGAGAGUACAACUGCUAUGACAGGUGGUGUGCACAGGUCGACCGCAUCUCCUCCGUCCGAUCCAUCAAACAGGACACAACCCCACCCAAGGCACAGCUUUUUGAGCGGGCCGGGUUCUCAGGGAAGAAGACAGAGCUCCAUGAUGACAUCCCAAACCUGAUGAGCCGCUACAGCCUGAACCGGGCUGCCUCCAUCCGAAUCCUGGGCGGGGCCUGGGUGGUGUACCAGGAACCCAACUACAGAGGUCCUCACUAUGUGCUGGAGAAACGAGACUACAACAACUACUCUGACUGGGGGGCCCAGGGCAGCACCGUGGGCUCCAUUCGCCGAAUUCGAUUCAGCUGAGCUCCGACCCCACUCCUGUGAAACCAAGAUUGCCGAACCCA